AUAUGGUGUUUUCAUCUGUUUUCAAGAGUUAUGGAAGUGCUCAUCUGCUUAACAACUUUAGGAAUUCGAUUCAAGCUACUGUGAGAUUUUGCACGUUAACUGUCUCUAAGGAUGGUGUGUCUCAAUCUCAUUCCAAGACUCCUGAAGGGGCUACAGUUGCCAAUAAAAAACCUAUUGAUUUCACCAAAUUAGACAUUAAUCUGCUUCCCACUGUCAUGAUUGUUGGUCUUCCCAAUGUGGGGAAGUCUGCAUUGUUUAACCGCUUGAUAAGGAGGAGAGAGGCUCUUGUGUACAACACACCUGAUGAUCAUGUCACCAGAGACAUAAGGGAAGGGCUUGCUAAAUUGGGGGAUCUGCGGUUUAAAGUAUUGGAUUCUGCUGGCUUGGAAACAGAAGCUUCAUCCGGAUCUAUUCUAAAUAGAACAGCUGCCAUGACCGCAAAUGUGCUUGCUAGAACUCAGUUUGCAAUUUUUCUUAUUGAUGUCAGAACUGGGCUACAUCCAUUGGAUCAGGAGGUUGGAAGGUGGUUAUGCAAGCAUGCACCAGGAAUCAAUCUUAUAGUAGCCAUGAAUAAAUCUGAAUCGCUUCAUAAUGAUACAAACUCUUUUGCUGAAGCUGCUACAGAAGCCCUGAAAUUAGGAUUUGGUGAACCAAUUGCUAUAUCUGCUGAUACAGGGCUGGGAAUGACAACGCUUUAUGAAUCUCUCUGGCCAAUGCUUGAGAGUUAUAUGAACAAAGUUUUAGAUGGCAACAGUAGCCAAGAUGAAAACUUCAACCAGAAUUGUGACUCUUGUAAGGUUGAUGAAGAAUCUAAGGUGCCACUACAAUUAGCUAUUGUUGGCCGACCGAAUUUUGGGAAGUCGACAUUACUGAAUACAUUGUUACAAGAAGAUCGUGUUUUGGUUGGUCCUGAAGCUGGUUUGACUAGAGAUUCAGUGAGAGCACAAUUUCAGUAUCAAGGAAGAACGAUUUAUCUGGUUUAUACUGCUGGUUGGUUGCAAAGAGGAGAUCGGCAUAAAGGUCCCGCUUCAUUGAGUAUCAUGCAAUCGAGAAAAAAUCUGAUGAGAGCUCAUGUAGUUGCUUUGGUUCUUGAUGCUGAAGAGGUUGCAAAAGCUUGGCGUAGCUUGACGCAUGCUGAAGUAGUUGUAGCAAGACAAGCUGUGGAAGAAGGUCGUGGUCUGGUUGUAAUUGUGAACAAGAUGGAUCUUCUAAAGGGGAAAAGAAAUUCCGUGUUAUAUAAAAAAAUCAUGGAAGCUGUUCCUCAAGAAAUUCAGAUGGUUAUACCCGAGAUAACUGGGAUACCAGUUGUGUUCAUCUCAGCAAUAGACGGAAAAGGGCGUGCUGCUGUCAUGUCUCAAGUCAUCGAUACGUACGAGAAGUGGUGUUUAAGGUUGUCCACUGCACGUCUUAACCAUUGGUUGCGCAAGGUUACGAGCCGGCAUUCUUGGAAAGACCACGGUGCUCAAACCAAGAUCAAGUACUUCACUCAAGUGAAAGCCAGGCCUCCAACUUUCGUCACCUUCGUGAAUGGGAACACCAAGCUUUCCGAUACAUAUGUAAGGUUUCUAACCAAAUCUUUGAAGGAGGAUUUUGACAUGGGCGGAAUUCCAAUCCGGAUCAUGCAGCGUUCUGUUCCGAGAAUGUCCGGAGGGAAUAACAGUAAGAGCAGCCAAUCUGCCGGUAAAACGGUUGAACGCACACCAUCGGACAAAAGAAGCGUCCUUGUUUAGGCAUGGCGCUGGCAGUUAAUUUCUUUGUAGGAGGAAAACAGGCAGGAUGAAAUU